AUGAAGCUAUUUCUUCCCUUGUUUAUGUUUGCGGCGGCGGCCUAUGCCGCAAGUCCCGAGACAUUGAUGGAGUUCCAAAUGGAUCUUCGUGACCCUUACAACCCUUUGACUCUCAGAGGCCACCCGCCCGACUGUGGUGACGAAAACGAGGGUGAGAACGGCGGGCCUGUCGGCGACAAUGGCGGAUCUCCUAGCCCGGGUCAAGGUUCGAGUGGUAGAUACAACGUCUGCUGUCGGUACAAUGGUCAACACAAUAAAUGCUAA